ACUCCCUCCCCCGCUCCCUUCGUGCAGCCUUUCUCACAUGCACGCUCCUCAGAGGCAGGAAAUACUUUCCAGGCAAUCUGGGCCUGCUGGUGGAGGCCCCUUUCGCAAAACAUCAGUCUGAAUUUAGUAGACAGAAGUCACUAGGAACGCCUUGACAGGAUCCUGCUUUAGCCAAGGCUCCCUCCAGCUGCGGAGGCUGUUUUUGUUAGAAUCACACACUGCUCAGACUGCUGAGAACAGAGCCCGAGCUCCGCCAGGACCUCAAUGGGAACUUGUAUUUCGGAGACACUCCCGGGGAUGGAGUCCUCUUCCAGCCUGAGCGCAGAGCGGUGCCAUGCCUCGGUGCUUCAGUUCCUCCUGUCCAGGUGGUGAAACAGCAACACACGCUUCUCCCAUCAGUGAAUUCGAAAUAAGACUUUGCCAAGGUCCAUCUCCUUCAGCCGCAUAUGGAACGUAGCCCUCAGCCUGCUGCCCAACUAGGAUGACAUGUCUGCAGCCGUCAGGAAGAGAAGCUGGGAAGAGCAUGUGAGCCGACGGCUGGGAGAGCCCUUCCCUUCUGACGAUGCAAACCCAGCAUGUCAUCACGGACUACUAGCGGACAGCUUGCAGGCAAGUAUGGAAAAGGAUGAGGCUCUCAAUGUGGACCGCAAGGAGAAGUGUGUCUCGCUGCCUGACUGCUGUCACGGGCCAGAGCCGGGAGACUUUCCUGGGAGGCCGAUGGGUCACGUUUCCAAGGAUGAAAAUGACAGUCAGGAAGGUGAAGAUCCGUUGUGUUCUCUGGAGGCCAGCACAGAGACACUGGUGCAUGUUUCCGAUGAAGACGUGGACUCCGAUCUGUACCUGACAGUCGAUAAACAGAUUCUAACUCCCCACGGGCACCAAACAUCAGGCCAGCACAACACUGCAGGAGCAGGCUCCUUCGUGAAGACUCUGCCCGUCCUGGGAAGUAACCAAGGUCCUUACAAAUCCUGGGGAAUGGCUGCUGAUGCUGAUUUUGCACUGCUAGACACAAGUGGAGAAAGCAAAGUUGGUGACGCUACGAGAAAAAGCCUGGAGCUUUGCGAUGAUGGAAGCUUACGUGAAAUAAAAGGUGCUCCCGAAGGAAGUACAUUUGGUUCUUUGCAUGAGAAAGAUAGUGUACCUGAGACGCAGUUGCUUAAUUCUGCUGUGAUUGCUCAGCAAAGAAGGAAACUGGACUUCCCCAAAGAUGAGCCUGAAAGGAACACCUGCCGUGCAGCCCCGGCUGAGGUCGCCGCGGGCCCUCUUACAGAGGGAGGAUGGCCAUUAUUAGAAGCAGAUUUUGAAAGCUGCUUUCUGCAGCCUCCUUCCUGCUCUGGUGGAAUGUUAGAUGAAAAUGGCCUGCAAAAGAGUGGUUUCUCAGAACAUCAAAACAGAAGUCCUCCGGAGGUCAACACAGGAGAUGGCAUGCAGUGUUUACACGCGCAGGAACCUCCGGCCACCCAGGAACCCGCAGAUAACCAAGUCAGACUCCGCAAAAGAAAGGAAAUAAGAGAAGACCGAGACAGGCCGCGGCUGGACUCCAUGGUGCUGCUAAUCAUGAAACUAGACCAGCUGGACCAAGACAUCGAGAACGCCCUGAGCUCCGGCUCCUCCCCUUCCAGCACCCCGACCAACCUGCGGCGGCAUGGUCCUGACCUGGAAUCAGGAUCUGAAAGCGGACCAGAUGCCAUUUCAGUAAAUCAGAAAAAAGCAAGUGUGUCUUCUAACACCGCAUCCACUGACCUGUCACCUUCCAUCCCUGGAGCCAGCUCUGGAACAAAGCCCAAGGCUGCGGUAAGUACAUGCUGCCAUCUUCUGGCCAAAUUGUAUCACUUUACACACACCGAAGAGAUCAGCAGCACAGGGCGAAUCCAGAGUAAUAAAUCCCCUUCUGCCAUUAGGAAUCACGCAUUUAAGAGGUGCGCCUCUUCUGCACCGUAUCUACACCUGACCACAUGUUAUGCGUAUAGCAUAGUCAUGAAGCCAGCCAGCAGCCAGUGUUUACCGUGUGAAUCCUCACACAGUGAGACCCACUGGAUGAGUCGCUCGAAUUUGGAAAUGAAGCAAUUGGAACCUGUGCUUUUCUGUGCUGGAGACUAUGUAUUACUACUCAACCUCGUCGCUUAUUAUUGGUCGAUGCAGGCUCUCUAUAUCUUCCGCAUUCAAUCUGGGGAGAUUAUAUGA